AUGUUUUCGCUCAUGCUCAAGACUCUACGCGAAGAAGGACCUCGGGGGCUGUACGUCGGACUCACCGCGUCGUUGCUGCGACAGAUGACGUACAGCGUCACACGGUUCGGCGCGUACGAUAAACUCAAGGAGAUGACGUUGAAGCAGAAUGCGGAUGGAAAGGCGUUGGGGCCGUUGCAGAUGGCGUUGUGUGCGUCGGCGGCGGGGGCAGCUGGUGGUUUGGCGGGCAACCCAGCGGAUAUUUUGCUCGUUAGGAUGACGAGUGAUGUCAACAAGCCAGCGGCGGAAAGGUACAAUUACCCGAACGCCAUCACUGGACUCGUGAGGAUGACGAGGGACGAAGGAAUCGGCUCGCUCUUCCGUGGCCUGGGUCCGAAUACAGUGAGAGCCGUUCUCAUGAACGCUUCCCAACUAGCAACCUACGACGUCUUCAAGAACAUCCUCCUCGGCACCGGCUACUUUUCCGAAGGAACCCCCCUCCACUUCAGCGCGAGCUUCAUGGCCGGAACCGUCGCCACCACUGUAUGCAGUCCAGCGGACGUCAUCAAGAGCAGAGUCAUGAACGCCGCCGGCUCCGGAGACGGCAUCCUGAAGACGUUGAAGGGCGAUUUGCGCAAGGAAGGCGUCGGCUUCCUCUUCAGAGGCCAAAAAGCUGCGACACCUCGGGGCCUCACAUCCUUCUCUCAUCGACUGAACAUCAACAUGGCGCUACACCGACACCGUCGCUCGUACCUCCUCAUCCCACCCGCCAAUCGAGCCAUGGCAACUGACACCAAUCAUCCUCAACCAUCCUUCUCUCUCCUCGCCAUACCCUGCAUUUAUGACAUGACCACCAGCUCGGCACAAAAGGGCUUCCUCUCCUCCCCCUCCGGAGGUCGUCCCGCGCCCAAGCAAAACUUCCUCAUCAGGUUCAUCAACACCCAGAUCCUCGCACCCGAACACCGUCCAGGAAACCUCUCCAUCGUUUGGGGUCUCGGCGUCUUCACAGCAGGCAUCAUCGUCGCCCGCAAGUUCGGCGACCUCAUCACCCCUGUCUUCUGA